GUUGGCCAUGGGACACGUCGUGGCUGGUAGAGAACUUAUGGACCGGGUUCACUAACGAGAUCUUGCACGCAUUUACAGAGCAUACGUCGAGCAUUGAUAAGGGCGGCUUUGCCAUUUCAAGAUUCUCUCGUUGCCCCCAGGAGAGGCCAGGCCCAGUCGAACUGUAGCUGUUUUGAUACACCUAAGUUGGGGGGCCCUUGUCCCCGCCAGCGAGCGAACAAUGUUCGGGCAUGAAGCAAGGCGAGAUACAGUUAGAGCUCAAGAUCGUUUCGAGACUGAAGUUGACAAGUCGACAGGGAACGCCAAGCGAUGAAUCACCAUCCCCUUCUUGUCCGCUUCUUGCUUCUGCUGGUACUCCCAGCGCAAACCAUCGCCCUUGACGGCAGUCUGGGAAAGACAGACCCUCUGCCUUCUACGUUAACAACAUGUGCUUAUCUCCCGCAUGGGUGCAGCAUGCGCGCCGUUCGAUAUUUACGUCAUCUUCAGCACGGCGUUGGGGGCUUCGACGAGGGCAGACGACCGUGUCGGCGACCACUCGCGGGCUCUCAAGCUCUCCUCUGAUUGGCCCGUCACAUGUCCAUUAGUGGCCAUCUCACAGCCUUCCUCCUCUCCGGCCCAGCACAAAGCAGGGUUAAAAGUCGGACGGCGACAAAUAUGCUGCCCAGCGUCGCGGCUCGGCAUUGGUGCGUUGGCUUUGGGAAGAUGGCUCAUGCCGAGCAGUCCGGCGCUACCUCACACGUCGCCGGCAUACAAAAAUCAAUGAUGGGGCCCAUAACCUUCUCUGCCUGUCGUUAUAGCUGUCGUGCCGCCCUUGGACGCAGACGUCGAAUAUGUCGAGGCUGAAAUCAGACCUGGGAUGGCUCGAACCUGCAAUUGACUUACCCGCCGCGGAGCACUCUUCCGCGAUCAGAAAGUAUCUUUUCUCCCCCUUGCGGGUCGACUUUCUCAUAGAGUGCGAGCUGCUGCUGCAGACGUUCAGUAUCGGCAUCCAGGACGCAAUCUGCUACCCGGACUUCCGCUGCUUUGCCUCGAACCAGACCGGGAAUUCGGUCAUGUUCGCCGUUGCUGUGUCGGGCGUCGGAGGCGAUCUGUUCGACAUACACAACGUCAGCAUGAGCCUGGGCAUGUUCGUGGCCGGCGCUCUGAUCACGGGCCAGAUCGCCCACGUGUUCGGCACGCGACAGCGGCUCUGGCUCAUCGUCGCGCAUCUGCUGCAGACAAUCAUGGUGUUCGGCGCCGCUGCCAUCCAGUACGCGCACGGCGUGCAGCUGAACAGCCCCCGGACACUGGGUGCGAUUGCUCUCCUCGCCUUCUCCUCCGGCGCCCAAGUCGCGUCGAUGCGCCCGUUUCGCAUCCAAGAGAUUACGACGGCGAUGGCAACGGCGGCUUGGGUCGACCUGGUGAUCGACAAGGAUCUGGUCGCGCUGCGGAAUCGCAGUCGAAACCGGCGUGCGGCAUUUCUCGUCGUGCUCGUGGCUGGUUCCUUUGCUGGUGCGUUCAUGCGCGAGCGGAUCGGGUCACCAAGCGCGCUUGUCAUCGCCGCACUAUGCAAGACCGUUGUCCUGCUAGCAUUCUUCUUGAAUAGAGCACAAUCUGCACAUGAGGGGGAUGUGGGCGCUGGAAAUUCAUGACAAUCUUAAAAGUUUUUGGUGAUUUUUAUUAUUUUUUUUUUUGGCAAAGUGGGCGCAGGAUGGACUGUGUCGGGUGUACAGAAAAGCUUACUAAAUGGCUUGACUUAGAUAACUGGCAACAUUGCUGCUCGUGCGAGCAAUCUUGGAAAUUGUUAUUUAUCUAAACAACAUUCCAAGAAUAUACUAAUACAUGCAAAAA